AUGAGCAUCGUGUUGGCCAGCCUGCUGAUCGGGGUGGGGUACGACGCCUACGUCGUGAUCGGGUUCGCAGAGAAGAGAAUCUGCCUGGCGGACGAGGCGCACGAGCCGCUCGUCGGGCACUCGAGGAGCAGGACGUCGCAGGGGAGCUCGCGGAGCAAGAAGGCGCAGAUCAAGGUCUUCAGUGACGACGCCAAGGAGGAAUCGGUGUACUCGGUGAAGCAGCGGCCAGUGCUGGACAGCACGUUCGUGAUGACGAGGGACAAGUUCGAUCGCCUCGAUCAGGAGCUGACCAAGAAGGAGCAAGAGGCUCCUGCCAUGCUCAUCGAGGAGGAGGAGCAGUCGGUGCAGGAGGAGGACGAGUACGAGGGGCAGCGGGUGCAUGCGUGGGUGUUGGUUCGAGCAGGCAAGAGAGAGAUGGUUGACAACGUCUUUGUGGAGGCGAGUACGGGGAAGGUUGUCCCCACAAAUCACCCUGGCUACAAGGGGAUCGAGGCUGUCUUCAACCACCAGAACUACUGGGUCGACAUGCAGCGGGUCGAUGAGCCCAAGGACAUCUCCUUUGCUCUUGAGGACUUCAACAAGUGGGAGUUUCUCUUCAUCAGCAGCAUGUCAAAGGAUCAAAGGAGGAACUCUAUCGAGGAUGCCAGGCCGAACCGAUCGCCUCCUUCAUCUCCUUUGGAGGGGAAGAGAGUCGGAACGGGGAACAGGAGGCCUGCGGGGCAGGAGGGCGGGGCUGGCCAGGACGAUCAGCGAGUGGAGGGACCGGAGGAGGUAGCUGAAGGGGAGCACAUCCUAGACCUCCCUCCCAGCUGGGUGGACAAGCUCUUCAUCGACCGCGAGAUCUUCCUUCGACGCUAUGCCGAGGAGUCCGGCGAGCCGAAAAGAACCAAGGAUUACAAGAAGAGCAGGGUGGAACACUUUGCUGAGAACUCGAGGAGGGAUGGCAUGACCGAGAUGAUCACGCUUUACAGCGACCUGGCGCGGACCAACAUGACGGAGAUACAAGAGUACUUUGCGAAUCGCAAAGACAAGCUGGUCAGCAGAUUCCGAUACUUUCGCACCGGCAAGAGGAUCGACUCCAACAGGAAGGAGCACAUGAUCUUCGAGAACUUCGACCCGGGUCGUCCAGAUGCCUUGAUGAAGCUCGUCGAGAAGCCCGAAGGCCGAGAGUUCACCUUCUACCACAAGGCCACACUGGACGGGAUGGUCAACAGGACGGAGUCCUUCACUAGGAAUCGCGACCCCGCCAAACCCGUGGCCCUGCACAAGGUCUACCACACUUCCAUCACCUUCGAGCCCAUCGAGCCCAACACGGACGCUCCCCCGAUGAAGCAGCAGAUUGACCAUCCAAGGAAGAUGACAGAGAAGUUUGAGCGGAACCCAGAGGUGCCAGCAGACAAGGACAUCGCCAAGAGGACUUUCUUCACAGGCUCCCGUCCGCCGAGAAUCCAUCUGAUUUUCCACUACGGGCCGGGGAGGAUCACUUCGUCGACGCGGACGUACAUCACCGAGAAGAACCUUAGCGGCGACGAGUUCUCGGUGCAGGAGUACGUGGUGGACCCGUUUGCGAAGCCGAUGAGGUACACGGAGCAGCGGGAUGAGUACCAGCUGCUCACAGCAGCGGAGAAGUCGCUCAUCUCUGAGUUCCGCGAGGCCGAGCGAGAGGCGACCAAGAUCCUGGAGUCGAGGGAGAAGGAGGAAAAGGAGCCGGGACUGCUCAAGAGUCUGCAUGUACAGCUACAGGAGAAGAAGGUGGCGGAAGCGAUGAAACCCAAGGAGGAGGAGUCGGAAGCUGCUCUCAAGUACGACUACCUCGCGCCGUACCUGCCGAAGCACGCGAAGCAGAAGGCUCUCACGAAGCAGGACGCGCAGAAAGUCAAGGAUAGCUGCCUGAAGGCGCUCAAGGAGAGGCUCAUCGAUCGCGCCCACAUCAUCGAAACCAGGUUGGAAGAGGAGCAGGCAGCUCUCACCAAGAAGCAGGUCGGAUACCAGAGGCAGGACAAGGACAAGACGUCAGACGACGAGGAGUACGAGAAGUACGUGAACGAGGCUCAGUUCCGCAUCCAGAUUCUCAAGCAGAGGAGAGACCGGCACGAGGAGAUUGCCAAGGCCAAGUUCAAGGAGAUGAUCGAGAGGCUGCAGAACGAUCCUCGUCUCGCCAUUCUCAACCAAUAA